UUUUCCUAAUUGUAAUUACGUGUUUUCAACUCACACAAAAAAAAAAAACUGAUAUCACGUAGUCAAAGAAAUAGUACGUAAGUGUCAUACGGAAGGGUAUUAAUCUUAUCAAAUAAUUAAUCCAAAUUUCGUUGAGAGAAAGGUUUAAAUACUGAUAUAUUAUAUUAUAGUCCAGUACGUAAGAAUUGCGAUCUCAUAAUGAAUCUUUUGCGGGGAACCUCUUUACUCUUCGUUCUUAUUCUUACUGCUCUAGUUCACAAUGCAGUCUCACAUUCUAUCAUUGCGGGUUACGCGCCUGGCGUUAGUGGAAUGGGAUUUGUUAAUGAAAAUAACUGUUUAACUGACGAACUUAUUGCGGAUUAUUCCUUGUCAAAUGCUGCCGAGUGUGCACGAACAUGUAGACCAGGAGAAUCAAAGACAUGUUACUAUAAAUUCGUAAUUGAACGUUAUCCCGUUAAUGGCCAGGCGUGCAAUUUGUGUAUGCCCAACGCUACAAACACUUUAUGCCCUAACUGUCAAUGCGUUCCCGGGGAUGGAACGCAGCGGAUGGCUUUGACUGUGAAUAGAAUGAUACCAGGGCCAACUAUACAAGUUUGCAAAGGAGAUUACAUCGUGGUUGAUGUUCAAAAUCUGUUAAAGUCAGAUUCAGUUACAGUCCAUUGGCAUGGUAUCUUCCAACAUGGUUCUCCGCAUUACGAUGGGGUCCCACAUUUGACACAGUGUCCGAUCAUGAUUCAUAACACAUUUAGAUAUCAAUUUUUUGCUAAUAAUUGGGGAACUCAUUUGUGGCAUGCUCACACAGCAACGCAAAAAUUGGAUGGUGUAUUCGGAAGUUUCAUCGUACGAUCACCACCGCAAGAUGAACCCCAUCAAAAUUUGUAUGAUUUUGACCUAGCAAAUCACGUAAUCGUUAUUAAUGAUUGGUUUAAAGAAGAGGCUACGAGCCGAUUUCCAGGUCGUAGAGCCGGCGUAGUUCAUCAGAAUGCCGAUGCGUUCUUAAUUAACGGAAAAGGAAGAUACAUUGAUCCCAGUAGCGCUACCUCAAACAUUCCCUUUGAAGUAAUCACCGUAGAUGCUAAUCAACGUUAUCGUUUUCGUUUAAUUAACUCCUUCUGUACCGUUUGCCCUACACAAUUGACUAUCGAAGGCCAUAGUCUUACCGUUAUUACUUCCGAUGGUCAACCUAUGCAACCUGUCGUUGUUGAUUCUAUAGUUUCUCUGGCUGGAGAACGAUACGACUUUGUCAUUAAUACUAAUCAAACACCUGGUGCCUAUUGGAUACAACUGCGUGGAUUAGAUGAUUGCGCCUAUAACCGUAUCCAACAAUUAGCUUUAUUACAAUACGAAGGAGCAUCUAUUACACCAAAGACAAAAGAACCUACUUUUGAUAAUCCUAUUCCUAAUGGCCUAGUACUGGAUAUCGCAAGUUCCGUUUGCAGUUCUACGCUCAACUAUAUUUGUGGCAAUGGAUUAAACAACGCUUUGUCAAUCGAUCCAGAUAUUUUGAAAAAAGAACCAGAUGUAAAAUUGCAUCUAUCUAUAGCCAUGCAGAGUUAUAAACCGGAAGAAGUGUUCGUACCUAACACAUAUAAGAACUUUCUGGUUCCAUCACCAAAAUGGAUAGUAGCUACGACGAUAAACAACAUAAGUUCAACUGGUCCAUCCUCCCCGCCACUCACUCAGUUGGAAGACACACCUGCAGAUGCAUUUUGUAACUCCGAAAAUUUACCGCCCCACUGCCGUCCAGGAGCUCUGUGCACGUGUAUUCACUUGAUUAAAAUUCCAUUGAACUCCAUCGUGGAAAUAAUCCUGAUAGACGAGUUUGACACGGUAUCUGUACGGCAUCCCUUCCAUUUGCACGGAUACGUAUUUUAUGUUAUGGGCUUAGGUCAACCUUUGGGUGCCACUACAAGUUCGAAUACUACGAAUAAGAUGACACUGGAAUAUUUCAAAGAACUUGAAAAGAAAAAUCAAAUAGAAAGGAAUUUCGUUUCUCCACAAGCAAAAGAUGACAUUCCUGUACCAAACAACGGAUAUGCCAUAAUUAGAUUCCGCGCAAAUAAUCCAGGAUAUUGGCUGCUCCAUUGUCAUCAAAUUUUUCAUCAUCUUGCUGGUAUGGAAGUCACUUUACAAGUUGGGGAGGUAUCUGAUAUGCCAAAACCACCAGAAAAUUUCCCAAGAUGCGGCAAUUUUAAACCGAAAAUACAAUCAUUCACAAAAUAGUAUGGAGUAGAAAAAUAAUCGAAAUUGAACAUGAUCAAACAAGACAUGACCAUAAUUAAUAGAUAUAAUGUAUAUAUCUCCUCAUUCGUUUCCGUAUGUGGUGAAGAUUCUAGAUAAGUAGUGUAAUUCGUAAAUAACGAACUAAGAUUUCUUUACAAUAAUUUAAAUUAAAUUAAAAAAGAGAGUAUUAAAAGAUAUUUAUUUAAAUUAUUUAAAUUUUCGAACAUAAUUUUGUUACUUCCUAUGUCCCAAUUGUCUCGAUAAAAUAUAUUUACAGCUUGUAAUAGCAAAUGAAGUAGAGAAUUCCAUAUUUCUGUAAUAUUUCAAUAGGCAUUGAUUUAUUACAGACUAUUAACAAAAAGAAAAAAAGAAUAAUCCGCAAUUUAAGAAUCAAUGACAGUCUUACUAACAAUUUAAUAGAUUGUUUAAUUAGUAUAGAAGAACAUAAUCGCAAUCGUAAUUAAUUAAUUCAUAUUAUUUGAUAUAUAAUUCAUAAUUACUGUGAUGUAUUACGCUAUAAUUACGAAUUAUAUAACAAAUAAUAAUGAUUGCUUAGGUCUUAUCAUGUUUGAUGAAAUCUUGAUUCAACUAUAAAAUGAGACAGAG